CCCUGUCCAUCCAUCUCACCUGCGAGGAAGAAACAGGGAGGAGGCAUACAGAGAAGAAACUUCGCCGUGCACACAACCCGUCGACAAGCGGCUGGUCGCGGAAGAACAGGUCUGGUCGUAGACACGAGACGCGGUUGUGUCAUCUAUAGGUGGAUUAAUUAGGAUACUGAGAUAGAUAGAGAGGAGAACAGAGUAGUGGAGAAGAAGGGGUAUGGGCAGCGACGGGAAGCUGCCGACGUCGGCUACGGCGGCGAAGGGGCCGAAGGGCUGGGCGCAGAGGUUCCUCAACGUCGGCUUCGUCGCCGGCUUCCUCCUCGUGCUCCUCACCUACGCCGUCGUCUCCCAGCAGUCGCAACGCUUCGGCGCCAUCAUCGCCUCCCCCGACGAUGUCGCCGCGAUAAGCAAGCAGGCCAUCAAGGCUCCCGGCGAGACAGGAUUAGCGCAGGAGGAGAAGACGGAGACGACGGCACCCGCAGAACCCUCCGCCGAUCAUCAUCAGCACCAGGACACCUCUGGCGACAGCAGCAACCAAGAUGAUCAGCAGCAGCCGGAGCAGGAAUGGCGGCCGAAAGCUGUGGUGACGGAGGAGCCCCCGAAACGGGACGACACGGCUGCCAAACCGUUCGACAACGGCAAGGUGGUGCUCACCACGGCGGGCCCCUACUCCGACACCUGUGAUGUCUUCGGCGACGUCCGCACCAACGGCACGGCGCACACAGUCACCCUGGUCCCGGCGACGUCCUUCACAGAGCGCCGCGAGUGGACGAUCAAGCCCUACAUCCGCCGCACCAUGUCCGGCAUCCCGGAGGUGACGGUCACGCAGCUCGACUCCACCUCGGCGUCGUCCCCGGCGCCGGCGUGCACGGUGAGGCACCACGUCCCCGCCAUCGUGUUCGCGCUCGGCGGCCUCACAGGCAACUACUGGCACGACUUCAGCGAUGCGCUGGUGCCGCUGUUCGUGGCGUCGCGGCGGUACGGCGGCGAGGUCCAGCUCCUGGUGAGCAACAUCCAGCCAUGGUGGCUCGGCAAGUACGAGGCCAUCGUGCGGCGGCUGUCCAAGUACGAUGCCGUGGACCUCGAUAAGGACGACCAGAUCCGGUGCUUCCCGCGCGUCACCGUGGGCCUGCGCAUGCACAAGGAGUUCGACAUCGUGCCGGAGUUCUCCCCCGACGGCCAGCGGCUCACCAUGACCGACUUCACCGCCUUCCUCCGCGAGACAUACUCCCUCCCCCGCGCGGCGCCCAUCAACCUGAAGCUGACGCCGGAGAAGAAGCCGCGGCUGAUGCUCCUGCACCGGGGCCACUACCGGAAGAUCGUGAACGUGCCGGAGAUCGUGAAGGCGGCGGAGGAGGCCGGGUUCGAGGUGGCCAUAUCGGACCCGCGGUUCGGCGUGCAUGUGGAGGAGCUGGCCAAGUCGGUGAACUCGUUCGACGUGCUGAUGGGGGUGCACGGCGCCGGGCUGACCAACGCCGUGUUCCUGCCCAAGGGCGCGGUGGUGAUCCAGGUGGUGCCGUAUGGGAAGAUGGAGCCGCUGGCGAGGCUGGACUUCGGGGACCCCAUCGUGGACAUGGACCUGAGGUACCUGGAGUACAGCAUCACGGCGCAGGAGAGCACGCUUCUGGAGAUGCUGGGGCCGGACCACCCGGUGAUCAAGGACCCGGAGUCCGUCCACCGGAGCGGCUGGGACAAGGUCGCCGAGUACUACCUGGGCAAGCAGGACGUCAAGCUCGACCUUGAGCGGUUCGCGCCCACGCUCGAGCUGGCGCUCGACCAUCUCCGGCAGCAGUAGACAUUGUGUCCGCCGAGAGGAUUCUUUUUUUAUUUUUUACUACUUGUAGUACAUAUACCGGGCAUUUUACAGAGCAUACAUAUAUAGGAGCAUUGCUGGCAUAUUCCUUGGUUUAUUUAUGUGCAUGGAGUGAAUAGAAAUGAAGGUUUUUGAACA